AUGCCACCGACGACCACGGAAGAACAUAAACGUAAGCGGCGGGAUGCUGAUGAUGAUGGGGGUGAAGCACAGGUUCAGGAUGGUGUUGUUGUGGGUGAAGAAGCAUGUAAGGAGCAGAUUUGGCGUUGUGGGGCUUGUCAGCUGGACAUGACGGAGGAAUCCUCCUUUGUCAUUCAUAUGCAUUUACAUCUAUCUGCCGUUUUGAGGCUUAAUAGUGCCCAGGAGGUGAGGAAGCUGAUGGAACAACAAAAAGCCAAGGAUCAAAGGAAGAAGGCCAUGUGGGAACCAUGGAUUCUACUAGUUCAGAUGAUGAUGAUGAUGAAGAACCAGGAUUAA